AACCUAUAGUCCGGCUUACCGAAAGAAUAAGAGGAACACUCAAUCAUUCAUGGUGCAGCUUUUGUCAGUCUGUGCUUACUGGCUGCGUAGACUACUGGCACAGAUCGGAAAGAGUGGUAGCCUAGCCUAUUCCUGUAAAUACAUUAUUUACGCAGCAGCGGAUUGCUAGGUAGGCUAAUAUCACCACAAUCACGGACACUGGUACAGUUCCGCUGGCUGAUUCAUUAACAAAAAUGAAACAAAUAUGUUAUGUUUUACUUUAUUUUUGACAGUCAAAUAGACAAAAACACGCAUUAUUUUUCUGUGACAGGCUGCGAUGUUCACGGCGGCAUAUAUUAUUAUGAAGCAUCAGGUAUGUGAUGGUGUCCAGUCCAGAGGGAGCCGGUGCCACGCUUCGACUCCACAGGCACAAGGCGGCCGGCAGCUAGAUUACUGAGGGAUUACACGGACACUCGUUAACUCAAUGCCACAAAACCGAGACUGAGUGGGAAGUCUGGGAACAUCGACCAGGGAGGGACUGAAUGGGCGGUCGGCCAACUGACUGACAGACGGGAAGAGCAGGAUCCUCUACAAUCUCUGUGAAUGUAACUCUCAGCUAAUUUCACCAGCGGGAGUUGAGCUGGGAUCGCUCCGCUAGGAUCAGAGACCAGUGCUGAAUGUCUGCCUCUGCCAUCCAGCGCAUCUAUCUGUAGCAGGCACAGAUGGUGGGGUGUUGCUAUGACAACACUUGCCCUGCACCAGGGUGUGGAGUUGUCCCCUUACUUGCUCUACUGUCUUUGAUACGAGACCUCAUCAUGCAAUAACCAGUGGACACCAGUAGUCAGCUGAGCCAUGGCAAAACAGGACUCCUCACUGUUCCUCCACGGCUUUGACCUGGGGGGACACUUCAUAGACCCCCGGCCUCUGGGCAGCGGUGCCACUGGUCUGGUUCUGUCUGCUGUGGACAAGCGCAGUGGCCAGCGGGUGGCUGUGAAGAAGCUGGUGAUGCGUGACGCGGUCAGCGUGAAGCACGCCCUGCGGGAGGUCAAGAUCACACGGCGCCUGCAGCAUGAGAACGUGGUGCGCGUGCACGAGGUUCUGGGUCCUUACGGCCACCCGCUGCCUCGCGACCCGGCCCAGCUGAGUGCCCUGUACAUCGUCCAGGAGUGCAUGGAGACGGACCUAGCGAAGCUGCUAGAGCAGGGACCACUUCCCGGUGGGCACGCCAUUUUGCUCUUCUACCAGCUACUACGAGGCCUCAAGUUCAUCCACUCAGCCAACGUGCUGCACCGUGACCUUAAACCAGCCAACGUGUUCCUCAACACAGACCAGCUACUGCUCAAGAUUGGAGAUUUUGGCCUGGCCCGAAUCGUUGACCCACACUACUCCCAUAAGGGCUACCUGUCAGAGGGCUUGGUGACUAAAUGGUACCGGUCUCCGCGCCUGUUGCUCUCACCCAACAACUACACCAAGGCCAUCGAUAUGUGGGCAGCUGGCUGCAUCCUGGCAGAGAUGCUAACAGGCCGCAUGCUCUUUGCAGGAGCCCAUGAGCUGGAGCAGAUGCAGCUGAUCCUGUAUACAGUGCCUGUGUUGAGGGAAGAGGACCAUCACGACCUCCGGCAGGUCAUCCCCUCCUACGUCAGCCACGGUUGGAGGGUCAGGAGAUCCUUCAGAGAACUACUACCUGAAGUCGAUGCAGACGCCAUAGACUUCCUGGAGCGUAUUCUGACCUUUAACCCCAUGGACCGGCUGACGGCAGAGGCGGCCCUGUCCCAUCCCUUCCUGCAGCAGUACUCGUGUCCCCAGGACGAGCCCAUGUCACCCCAGCCCUUCCGCAUAGAGGACGAGCUAGAUGAUAGCCUGGUCACGGAGCCCGGCCACAGCCACAGCCAGGCCUCUAGCUCUCACUGGGACAGAUAUGAUACCAGCCUGUCAUCAGACCUGUACUGGCAGCAGCAGGGUGGCUGUCAGUGCAUGCCUGGGGUCUCGGAGGUGGUCAACUCCAAAGAGGAGGAGGUCCAGAGAGAUCCCAGGGCAGGUUCCUACCCUCUGUUGGAGGAGGCCCAGGUGGACCCUCGCAAGUAUUCCCACAGCAGCUCUGCCGAGCGCUUCCUGGACCACUCCCACUCCUCUCUGGUGCGGGCCUGUGGUGGCGGGGCUUAUGCUGAGCUGGACUGUGGUCGCUCCUGUGACUACAAAGUGGGCUCCCCUUCCUAUCUGGACAAGGUUGCGUGGAGGGACGGCAAGCCGCAGCACUACUCCGAGCCCAAGCUGAUCCUGGACCUGUCUCACUGGAAGAGGAAUAGCCAGCUCCCUGUGCCUGAGGGGCCUGAGCCUAGAGGGGCCAGCGUGAAGGAGCUGCCUGUCGAGGAGCCACCUUGGGACCUAUUCCAGGAGAUCUCUCGCUGGGUGGAGAGCACACAGACUCGCCUGUCCUCCGCCAGCCCACCACAGGAACCCCUGUCCUACCCCAGCUCUCCCCAGGAACUCCUGUCCUUCCCCAGCCCACCCCAGGGACCCCUGUCCUUCCCCAGCCCACCCCAGGAACUCCUAUCCUCCACCAGCCCACCCCAGGGACCCCUGUCCUUCCCCAGCCCACCCCAGGAACUCCUAUCCUCCGCCAGCCCACCCCAGGGACCCCUGUCCUACCCCAGCUCACCCCAGGGACCCCUGUCCUACCCCAGCCCACCCCAGGAACUCUUGUCCUCCGCCAGCUCACCCCAGGGACCCCUGUCCUACCCCAGCCCACCCCAGGAACCCCUGUCCUACCCCAGCUCACGCCAGGAACCCCUGUCCUCCCCCAGCCCACCCCAGGAACUCCUGUCCUCCGCCAGUCCACCCCAGGAACCCCUGUCCUACCCCAGCUCACCCCAGGAACCCCUGUCCUACCCCAGCUCACCCCAGGAACCCCUGUCCUACCCCAGCUCACCCCAGGAACCCCUGUCCUCCGCCAGCCCAUCCCAGGAACUCCUUUCCUCCGCCAGCCCACCCCAGGGGCCCCUGUCCUACCCCAGCUCACCCCAGGGGCCCCUGUGCUACCCCAGCUCACCCCUGCUGCCCCCUUUUCCCACCUCUCUCCCUGCCCCACUCUUUCACAGUUGUUCGCCGGUCAUACAGCCAUCACCUGGACUGGACAAGCGUCACACACUCAGCCCGCCUGCCGCGUCCCAUUCCCCUCCCUCCCUGUUGCCCUGUUCUCCCUCGUCUCCUCCACCAAUGUCACCUCUCAUUCCUUCGUCGAUUCAUGAGCCCCCGCAGACUCUUCCCUCCAGGGGGCAAGGGGGCCCGUUUGACCUAGACAUGUUCAUCUCUCGAGCGCUGAAGCUCUGUGGUCAGAGUGAGGACCUGGGGGGAAGCCCAGACGGGGCCAAACGGGCCAACAUCAAGAGGGUACCUAGACUCCCGGAGCACCGGCCACCCCCACAUCAGACUCCCAACUCCUAAUAGGACCUAGGUCCAAGUCUACCACAGAGGGAGCUGGUAGACUGUGGGAACUGCUUUUAAGGUUACCACAGAAAGCACUGGUAGACUGUGGGAGCCGUGUUUAAGUCUACCACAGAAAGCACUGAUAGACUGUGGGAGCCGUGUUUAAUUCUACCACAGAAAGCACUGGUAGACUGUGGGAGCUGUUUCCAAGGACUGUGGUAUACUUAGUAGGACUUGCCUUGUAAAAAGCACGAGUUGACUCACACCCAAAGUAAUAAGCGGGGUGCUGACUAACAGAAUAGUAAACGUAUGGAGAAACACUCUAUAUACUGUAUACUCCCAAUGAUUACUCCCAGUGUAAAAUAGCUUUUUUUACCCGUUAUCAUUGCGGUGUGCAACUUUUCAUAAGUUGCCUUGACACUGACCCUUCUCACUUAAAUGAAUGGUGCUGGUCCUUUGGAUCAGAGCAGGAGGUGAGGAGAGAAAAGCGAGGAUCAAGAUCCGUUAGCUACAAACAACAUAAUGAGCUUCCGAUGGUUUUGCUACUGCAUACAGUAUGUCAUUGAGGUCACUGCUGUAAAUGAAUGUAUGUUUUACAGAAUCUUAACGGAAAGUAGUAAGCCUAUGUAGUAAGCCUGCAUACAGUAUGUUGCUUGAAAGCAGCAACUGUACUCAUUACAAGAAUGCCUGCAAAUGAUCAACAGUUAGGUGGAAAGAGGAAAUUCCAGGUAUUGCAUAGCAAAAUCGCUUAAAGACAACGCAGCCAGCUAUAUUUGGUUAUAAUUUUGUUGAAAUGACUCUUUCAAACAUAACCCUUUAGGUUGUUUAGAUAUCUUCUAGAUGUGAGUAACUAUAGAUCUUCCUGCAGCAAAUACUUAAGAAGAAUGAUACGAAUAUCUUCCAUUGAGUGGGAAGUAUCUCCUAUAAGGAGUCUGAAUGUAUUUAUAGAUACACAUCUUAGCAUAAGAACAGUUAGCUCUGGUCCGUGGCAUUAGAGCCCCUUCUUCUACUAAGGAAUGUGUUAAUGGAGGAACGCGCACUAACAACCUGGACCAGAGUUAAAUAACAGUCAAAGGGAGAUGGUCUCUGGGACUCAUAUAAUGAGGUUUUACUGUUGAACACUGCUGCUGUGAUUUCAGACAGUAUGCCUUGUACAAUUGUAUACAUUGAACUGCUGUUUCAUAAAGCAUCUUCCAGAUGCCAGUAAUGGUUUGUUCACAGUUUAAGGUUAAGUACAGCUUUUGGGGAUUUA